GCUAAGUUCCAGCCCCCAGUGCUAACAUGAUACGUCGGAUGCCACCAGGAAGGGUGAUCUGUUUGGCUGAGCUCGCUGUCACUCUCUCGCCUCCCGGUCCAGCUGCUGCCGAUGUGAGAAGCGAGGGGAGAAAAUCCUGUUGACGAGGUAGCAACAUCUCUACCCAGCCAAGUUAAGCCUCUACGGCUAGACGCAUCUUUCUCAUUACACCAGGAUCCUGAUGCAACAAGAAUGGAAAUCAAGUUUUCAAUGGAGUCUAACUAUGAUACAGUUUGUAUUAGUGAGACCUUUGAAACACUGAUCACUUAAAUUAAAUGAGUAAAUAGCCUUGUACAUAAUGGAAGACACUCACACUACCCAACAAUUGCAUAAACCUAUCAAAGAACACUGCUUUAUCAGCUUCUAUUGCCCUGGGGGAGAAGCCAAGUGGAGCCCGUGCAAGUGCAGUACUUUGCUAGAUGGCUGUAUGAAAUGUCUUCCAAAGUACAAACAAGUGAAGGAGGAGCCAGAGAUCGGGAAACAGAAAGGCUUGUGCUCUGACAACACAGCCUACAUUCAGAAGCAAACUUCCACAGCUAACGCUGUGAAAGAACUGUGUGCAGGCUCCUUACGUACAGUUGAAAAACAAUCAUUAUUUUCUGAUGUGUUAAGGCCAGCUUGCAGCCAAACUUCAAAUAUGGGAAAUCAGGAUGGAAAAUUUGAGGAUGUUCUGGAGACAGAAAAUAAGCAGAAUGAAUGGGAACAAGAUUGUGGUGCAUUCGCUCUACAGCAUUCGUGGUCUUCUGAACGAAAAAAAAGCGAUGGCAAGAUCAAAAAACUGAAAAAGCUUGGCAGAAGAAGAGAGAGCACUGAGGAGCCUUCGUGUAAAGCUGUAAAAAGUAAAAAAAUUGUGGAAUCAGAUCCUUCUAUUGUAUGUGCGGAAGAAAUAUCACUGCUGAGAGAUGAGAUGUGCACAAAUAGCUCUGUAAGCAAUUCUCCUAAUUCAGUUAAUUAUAGCAAAAGCAAAAAACUCCAGCCAGCCAUGGACAGUAUUGACUUGCUGCCGGGAAUGAAAAGGGCCACGUCAGAGGUACUGAGAGGGAACUCAAAUUUUCAGAAAAACACCGGAAUAGCUGGGUUAAAUACUGAUUGCAACUUUAAGUCAGAGCUCAAUGAUGAAUUUAUUACUGAAGAUUUAGUGACCAGUAGUAACAGUUUAUUGGAUGAUUUACAAGGUACCAUAAAGCUCCUGCAAGACCAGCAUGAUAGUGACUUGCAAAGAAAGCAGAUGGUUGAGAAGUUAACAGACAAAAUCUGUGCCACUACGCUAUCAACAAAUUUACCUUCAGAUUACCAGCAUCACUUUGAAGUUGAACCAACUCAUGAGGAAACAGUAGCCACAGUGGUUGCCAAAAUACAUGAUGCAGGAAUGGUUGUGCAAAACGUUGUUCCAACUACUUCAAGACAAGAACAAAGUCCAAGUUAUGGACUUUUUGCAGAUCAAUCAGUGCAAAGUUGUGGCAAGGAACAAAAUAUCUUCACAGUGGUUACUGAAAUGCAGAGUGAAAGUCCGGCUGUUUGUCACGUUGUCACAGUACCUGUGACAGAUGUGGAAUGCAAGAUGACUGUGAUGUGUGGCCGAGAGUCAGACAGUGGUAGAAAAGUAUUUAAAUGUGAAGGGAGAGAAAUACCAAUGGUCUCAGAUUCAGAGGCAUUUACUGGGUAUGUCAACAAGCAUCUGAUCAAUACUGUUGAGAAUGACCAGUUUUAUGAAGCAGGUGAAUGGCACAGAAUGGAAAAAGGCAAGCCACACGCAAAUAGAACUAAUUGGACUUCUGACAAUAGAAAAUUAAGGUAUGGAGAAUUGAAAGAAAAACUGUUCCCAAAUCCACUUCAGUCUGCUGAUGAAAUUUCCUUGGAUGACACUUUGAAGGAAGACAACAAAACUGCUUCUCUACCUUUACUGACAGCUGUUAGUAAUAUUUUUAACAGUCCAUGCCCUGCUAAUAAUACUCAGCAUCAUGUUUCACCUGUUGCAUCCCCUUUGACUUCAGGAUUACCUAGUCCUCAACUCCAUCACAGGAUUCUCCCACUACCUGUAUUAGAAACAGAACAGAAAACCACACAAGAGGACUACUCAAAGCCCUAUGCAUCCAUUUACAAAUGUACUGCGUCAAAAGAAAAAGAAGUGGGACAAAACUUAGAAGGAAGUAUUUUGCAGCAAAAUCUCAGCAACACAAAUGGAAAGUUUCAGCAACAACACUGUGUGGAACAAGAUGCAUUAGCUCACUAUCUGGCACUACAAGAGAAGACUUCUCUAAAAGAGCAUCAUACUGACCUGGCAGAAAAUGGAUCACAUGUGGAAAGAGAUUCUACAAGCAUCAGGCCACAAUCUUUGGAUCUCCAGCAAUUUAUUAUGGAUGAAGAAAAUAUUGAUGUCAGUACUGAAAUGUUCAGUUACAUGGAGGGUUAUGAUUUAUCUCCAUCAGAAUUUGAAGACAAAACUCCUGGACGGCUCCAGGCCAUAUGGCCACCUCCCAGACCAAAAGAUGAGGAAGAGAAAGUGGGUUUGAAGUAUACUGAAGCAGAAUAUCAUGCUGCCAUUUUGCACUUGAAACGAGACCACAAGACAGAAACAGAAAAUUUGCAGAAUGAAUUUGAAUUGAAACUUUUCCAUGUACGUGGGGAACAUGCUGAAGAAAUAACUAAACUUGAAGAAACCAUUGCACAACUUCAGAAUAAAUUGGAAAAUAAAUUAAAAGAAGGAAAGUCUGAAACAAGGGACAUUGCUGUUUCUACUGCAGAUGAACUUGUGUCAAAAACAUUUCGCAAUGUUUGCAUUCAGACUGACCGAGAAACGUUCAUACAGUUGAAUCAAGAUGAUAGCAAGACAGGUAAAAGUAAUCUGAGCACCCCAGGAAAGCUGAACCUUGCAUCCUUGACCUUGAAUGGUCAGUCAGCUUGCUGUCUACAUGCUAUAAAGGAGGAAGCUUUACCGUCUUCACAAAUCGCAUCAUCACAAGAAUCUCAGCUUGCAUCACUUCCUUCAUUGCCACCAUCAGUUGCAAAGGUAUCUCAAGGUUCUCCUACUCCACUCCCAGGUUGUCCACCAGCUCCAGCUCCAACUCCACCUCCACCACCACCACCACCACCACCACCACCACCACCUCUUCCAGGCUCUGGACCUCCACCACCACCACCUCUUCCAGCCUCUGGACCUCCACCUCCGCCUCCUCUCCCAGGUUCUGGACCCCCGCCUCCGCCACCUCUCCCAGGCUCUGGACCCCCGCCUCCGCCACCUCUCCCAGGCUCUGGACCGCCUCCACCCCCACCGUUUGGAGUUCCUAAUCUCAAUUUGUCAACGGACAGACCUGCACGGAAGCCUAUCAUAGAACCACGCCGCCCAAUGAAGCCUCUAUAUUGGACAAGGAUCCAGAUAAAAGAUUCCAGCAAUGACAAUAUCUCAACCAUCUGGGAAUCACUGGAAGAGCCUCAUAUCCAAGAUGCUGAAGAAUUUGAAGAACUCUUCUCCAAAGCAGCAAUGAAAGAAGCGAAGAAGCCAUUAUCAGACAGCUACCAGAAGACAAAUAAGACAAAAAAGAUUAUAAAGUUACUGGAUGGCAAGCGUUCACAAGCAGUGGGAAUUUUUAUAUCAAGUCUACAUCUAGAAAUGAAAGACAUUCAACAAGCUAUUUUACAUCUGGACAACUCGGUGGUGGAUUUGGAAACACUUCAAGCGUUGUAUGACAAUAGAGCUCAGGAGGAUGAACUGGCAGUGAUACGCAAAUAUUAUGAGAAGUCAAAAGAGGAAGAAAUAAAGCUCCUGGAUAAGCCAGAGCAGUUCUUAUACGAAUUAUCACAGGUACCUAACUUUGCUGAACGCACCCACUGUAUCAUAUUUCAGUCUGUUUUCAUGGAAGGAAUUUCCACACUACGACGCAAAGCAGGGAAUGUUCUACACCUGAGCAAGACUUUGACAGAUCAAAAAAAUGUGAAGAUUGUACUUGGACUCAUCCUAGCCUUUGGAAAUCACAUGAACGGCGGAAACAGAACACGUGGCCAGGCUGAUGGAUUUGGUCUAGAAAUUCUUCCCAAAUUAAAGGAUGUCAAAAGCAGGGACAAUCGAAUUAGUCUUGUGGAUUUUGUUGCAUCCUAUUAUUUGCAUCAUUUUGACAAGGAUGCAGGAACAGACAGGAGUGUAUAUCCUUUACCAGAACCCCAGGAGUUGCUGCGAGCCUCACAAGUUAAAUUUGAGGAUCUCACUAAGGAUCUUAGGAAGUUGAAAAAAGACCUGGAAGCAUGUGAGAAAGAAAUCGCUCUUGUUUGCCAGAAGUCAUCAGAGCAGGACCUCCAACCUUUCAAAGAAAAAAUGGAAGAAUUUAUUCAAAAUGCAAAAAACGAUCUUAAGGUAGAAGAAGCACAUCUUGAGGAAUCACAGAAAAGCUUUGAAGAUACAAUAAGGUUCUUUGGAGUGAAGCCAAAACCUGGGGGGAAAGAUAUUACUCCAAACUACAUAUUCAUGCUGUGGUUUGAAUUCUGUACUGAUUUUAAAAAUACUUGGAAACGUGAGAGCAAAAAGAUCUCCAAAGAAAGGUUGAAGGAGGCUCAGCAGUCUGUGAAGAAGAUAACUUUGGAAAAGAAAGUUGAAACAAAGAAAACAAACCCUAACAGCCUGAAAGAAAGACUACGCCAAAGGGAGGCAAGUGUCAUCACUGACUGAUGGAAACCUCAAAGAAAAUGUGUCCUGUGACUUGAUUAUUGAAUUCGUUCAGAAUUUGAAGGAUAUUUCUUCAUGCUGCUCAUUCCCCAAUGCCAACAUGCCAAGGAAGUUUCUAAUUCCAUGAUGUCGUCUAUAGAGCCUUCAUGCAUUCUUGAUUAUAUUUGUCACAGGAUGUAUAUGUUCUACUCUCACCAAAGUGAAAUUUCAACGCUUAGUUCGAGUUAUGUCUAAUUAUGGUAUAUCCUACAGAAAUCCAGCAAAGGAAUUCUGAAAUCUAAAAAAAAAUCAAUAUACUAUUGCUUCCAAAAGAUAUUCUGUCUCUUCAAGCCUCAGUGGAUUAUAAUACGUUAUACUACAAGGUGACUUGGGGUUAGACACAAUGUUCUUAAAAAUUUAAUCAAACAUUGAAAUUGUAUAAUGUUCCAGCUGAAGCUGCUACAAAGUUCAAAAACAAUGUAAAUGUUAUGUUUUUGCAGUUGCAUAUUCUGUUUAAUGUUUCCUGCAUCUCAUUGUAACACAGGACAAAAUCUGUUCGACCAACCAAAUGAAUAAACCAACUCUGUAAUAUCCCCCACAUUACAAUGCACAUUGGCUUCCAAGAUAUAGAGUAUGUACUAUGCGCCUAGAAACCUAUUUAAAAAGUAAGUCAAAGUCAAACCUGUUAAAGUUUCAAGAAAAAAAAGUGAUUUGGAAUUGAAACACAUCAAUGCCCAAUGGGUAUUUUUUUCUUUCUUUCUUUCAGCUCUGCCAAGAGAUCAUUCAAUUAGAACUGUAUUUUUUGUCUGUAAUAUCAUGGAAUGGUGUGAAUAAUGUUAAUGCCAACAGUUACAUGAAAUUUUUUGAGCUUGAAUGGUCACUCACAUUUUGAGCAAAGGCAGUUUUCAACAGGUUCUGAGGCCUGGAUGGUCACCAGAGUUUUUACAACGUCCCAUUACCCAAUUUCUCGUUGUUUCUCCAUCUGAUUGAAAGUGGGCUUUUGGCUGCCACUCCCAUAAAAAGAUUGCUUCAUAACUACUAGUCUGGAUGGUGCCCUAACCUCAGCAGGGCAGGACUCUAGUUUGUCUCCUGGCAACAGUGAGUGCUAACGAUAACUUGUAGGAUCUAAGUCUGAUGAAUGUAAAUUGUUUCCUUUGUACUAUCACUGAUGCAAAGAAAGCUAGGAAUUUUGGAGAGACCAAAUUUACUGCUGGCAAAACUUUGUGUUAAAUUCACAACUACUGCUUAAAGGUAAUACCUUUGUGCUCAUCAUUCAUAUUCUCCCUGCUUUUCAUUCUUAGGAAUUUCAAUCCUUUCAAACUUUUCUUUUCAAUAUCUUUCUUCCUUUCACGAAAACCUUGAAUGCACUUGAGAUCUUGACCUUCUGCAUUUGCGAAAAUCUGUAAUUAACAUGUCAGCCUACAUAGCUUCCAACAAUCGGAUGUCAGCUAUAUUGCAAACUGACCCUAACCUGUAGAAGAUCUACAUUACUUUUGAAAUGACCUGGCAAACCACUGUAUAUAUUCUGCAAUUUGAACAUGUGGAGCUCCAUGGCCCAAAGGUUUUGUAGUAAUUCUUAUAGAAUGUUAAGAAGGCUUGCAAAUAUUCUUUUAAAAUAUUGCUUUCAGCAAUAUCUUAUUUUAUAUAUUCUUUAUUUUCAACCGUAGACCUGGUAUCGCCAAUAUGUUCUGGCCAAAAUUAAUAAGUAAAAUGUUUGAUUUAGUUCCCAGGAGGAUGGAUGCAGGGCAAUUGUGACAGUGUGAAGUAGAGCAUAGAGCUAAGUAAAUGAAAAUGGAGCUUAAAAGCAAUAACUAUAUUCAAUUCUUUAUAUUUUACAGUCCCUAAAAUAGAUUUCGCUUCAAUCUUUUAAAAUUUAUUUUGGUAUACACAAUUGAUCUUAGCAAGAUUUUGAGAAAAAAAAUGCAUCAAAAAAAAACACCUUCUUACCAUUAGCACAUUUAUCAAUUUAAUAUUCAGAUAACACAUUCAAAGUCAAUAAAUGUAUUAUUAACAGCUGUAGUUUUACUCCACGCAUAAAAUAGUUAUCUUGUUAUUAAAGAGCUAAUAUAUAUUGUGUGAUGAAUUAAUGAAUGCAAAAGACAUAUGGAAGGGAGAAGUAUCCAUUCAAAAAUAAGUAGAUAUAUCUAGAUAGCACUUGAUUGCAUUUUGUUCAGCAAAAUCUAUUGCUGAACAUUUACUUCUAAUGUAUUUUUGUAUAGUAUACAUGUCAUAUGAAUGACGUGGCAGCUUGAUUCAUCUACCAGAAAGAAAACAGAUUAAUAGAUAAUAUUUACUAUACCUUUAGAAUUAAGAAUAUAUUUUAUAAAAAUAUCAAUUUGGACAGUUGACUAUCUCGAAGUGUUUUAAAAAUGAUUUUUCAAAAUAGAAUUAUUUUAAGUAAAACAAUGUGAUAUACAAAGGAUAGAAAUCCAAUAUGUGUAAUAUAUGUAGGAUUACAGUAGUGAACGUUGCUUACUAUAUUAUGCCUUUACAGAUCAAGUCAAAACCUCUGAGUUCCUUUCAUGGUUAGGUGUGUUAAUAACCACAGAGAAUAUGAUUGCGCCAGAUUCAGUUCUUGGUUUGUUUUAAGUCUGCUGUCCACAGACAGGUUAACAGAAGGGGUACUGGAAGAGUCUUCAGUGUCUUUGAGCUGAUGAGGGGUAAAACUAGCCUGAAUUGUCACAUAUGAUUGCUAAAUGGUGACCCCUUCUGGAAUGUGUGAGAGCAGGACUGAUCUCAGCCAUGAUGCCUGUCAGUGACCUCAUAACCUGCCAGAAUUUACUGUCUCGGCUUGCACUUUAAAAAAAAUGAUCAAUUGAACAACAUACUGGAUGACUCACCAUACCUAAGGAAUUCUGCCUUCCAACACAAAGCAAAGAAAUUGUGAAUGAAGUGUGUUGUAUUAAACCUCAUCAAAUUUUUGUUUUAUUUUAAUUCAGUAAAGAGGCCUGAGCAUAUCACUUUAAGCAAUUUAAUUGCUUCUUUCUUCUUCACAUACUAUAACAUUUAGUUAUUGAUUUCCUAAACGUGUGGUUUCUUGAUGAAAAGAUGUUAAUUUUAUUCAUUUUAUACAAUUAACAUUCUAACCAUGAUGUACAAUUAACAUUGUGUGGUAAAGAAAUAGAUGUUUUGUUUAAACCUUAUUAGGGCUUUAUUCAAACAUAAAUACUUACAGUUUUUAUUUUGGGCCAAAAAAAUGUAAUUCAGAUAUACUGUUCCUAAAAAUAAUAUAAACUGCAAGAGAUAAUAGAAUAUCUGUUCAAUUACCAAAGAAAAUGGGACAAAAUUCUAGAUCUUUGCAAACAUAAUUUUAAGCAACACCCAGUUAAAGUCCAAUUGAUUUAUUUGUAAUCACAAGCUUUCGGAGCGUUGCUCCUUUGUCAGGUGAACCACCCCAGUCGAACACCGGCACCUCCACAUUAUAAUAUUAAACUGCAUUGUAAAGAUUCUUUACAUUGAAAUAUAGAACACUAAUAAUCUAAGGACAUAAUCAUUAUAACCUAUGUGAACUAUUUGGCAAUAUUAAAUAAAGAUAUCUUCUAUGUGCCAGGUGCAGCAAAAUUGUAAACUGUCCCUCAUAAACAAUGUUAUGAUGUUAAUCCACAUGGGUAAUUUCCUACAGUUGCCUGAGUAUGUUAAUAUGUGCUCUGAUCAAGAAUACUGCCACUGUAUUGCUGCUCUUGACUUAAUCUUUUUUUAUGCAAACAUAUAGAAUGUUAAUGAAAUGGCUAUGGUAUGUUUCAGCUGGAUAAGCUUCUAAAGUUAACACAUUUGAGGUCUCAAUCGCACUGUUGGGAAGACCCACAUUUUCUUUGUCUUAUAUAAAAGUAAUCCACUAGUGUCUGUUAACAGUGUAGGAAGCUCUGUUACAUUUUACUAAGAAAUCAUCAUGGAUUUAUGAUUGUCAUGAAAUGCGCCUAUCUUUGUUGCUUUCAAUCAAAAGCAUUGUCUGUAGAGAUUUCUUGGUGCACUUUAGAAUAAAAUUACCAAUUUGUUAAUA